AUGGAGUCAACUUCCGAGCACAGUGUCGAGAAUGUGCCGAGAGAAUACACCGCGCAGAACCUUUUUCCUCAGGAAGUAGCCCUCAUGGUCACUGAAGUCUUUGCAGGUACAGCACGUCUGUCGCAAGCGUGUCAGGCUGUGGGAUUUCGCACAUUGGCGGUGGAUAAAUCUUCGCAGCGGUCUCGAUUUGCCAUACACCACCUUGCCCUCACUCAGCCUGCAGAUGUCCAAGCCUUGCUUGAUAUUAUCACCUUGGAAGCGGACAACUUGGAUCUUGUGCAUCUGGCCCCGCCGUGUGGCACCAGCUCUGCCGCGCGAAAUAAACCCAUUCCGCAGGCGGUGCAGCAUGGAAAGCCAGUGCCGCAGCCUUUGAGAUCGCCCACCGAGCCACAAGGGCUAUCUACUCUUGCCGCAGUUGAUCUUGACCGGGUGCAGCAGGCAAAUGCUUUGUAUCAGACCGUCGGCGUGAUUGCGCGCCAUUGCAUUGCUCUCGGAGUCCGGGUGUCGGUCGAGAACCCGCUGAACUCCCUUGCCUGGCUUUGUGACGGAAUGGACGAUUGUUCCGCUUGGAGGUGGGUGCCGAAUGUGUCUUUGACCACUGCAGCCAUGGUGGCUCUCGCGACAAGGCCACUUUGUGGUGGUGUUCGGACGACACUUUCAUGCCUCUCGCCAUUCGUUGCACCAAAGACCAUGCCCAUGAACCUUGGCAGCCGGUUUUCCGUGAUGGCCGCUGGCAUUAUCCCACUGCCGAGGAGGCUGCUUACCCUUGGCUCCUGUGUCAGCGAAUUGCUGCUCUUCUGCUUGAUGCCUCGGAUCUUUGGAGGUGGACAAGGAAAACUGGCAGGGGAAUGUCAUGAAAUCCCAGGCGACGAGGGCACCUGCCGCGUCAUGGGAUUGAUCCACCCCAGCGACCUCUGUGCAGAGCAUGCAGAAGUAAUCCAGAUAGGAAUCCCGCGUGAACCGGAAGAUUUCAUCAAGGAAGCUGUUAAAGCCGGAUCUGCAUUUAGGAUCACGGGUUGGAUGCCUGACACUGGUAUCUUCACUAGGAGGCUGAAGCCACCUACUGCCGGCCUGAAGGAGCUUCUUGCCCAAUCUUCAUACCGCACUCCCUUGACCUUGAGCGCCAUUGCAAAGUCACCAGUGGACGAAGUCGCCGAGCAGGCGUGGGCCGAGACGAAGAUUGAGGAGGAAAAGCAGUGGGUGUUUCGGGACCGCGCCUUUGACCCAUCGCAGAUUCUGCUUGCACGUAGGUUUGGCUUGGCGCAAAAAUCCAAAGUGCGAGUAAUAGAUGAUGAGAAGGGCUGCUCCCUGAAUACUAGAGUGGGCCUUUGCGAAAAGUAUAAUCUUGAUGGGAUUGACGUCCUGGCAGCUACUUUGUUGGUGGUGAUGGAAAGGGCAGCCGGCUCCCCUCUCCAGCUCCGGGGAAAGACGUUUGACCUUGUCAGUGCGUACAAGCACUUUCCCAUUCACCCUGAAGACCGUGAGAUUUUUCGGAUCGGGGUUUUGGACACAGACACCUCAGAGCCCGCCGUGUUUGGGUCGAACGUUUUGACGUUUGGGGCUACGGGUAGUGUAGGGGGUUUCUUGCGCAUCUCCAAUGCCAUUUGGCGCACGGGCGUCAAUGAUCUUGAAACACCUUGGCUGUCCUACUUCGACGACUUCCCGGUUCUGAGCCCAGCUGCGUGCUGUGAUCAGGUGGAUUCACUGGUGGAUGGCCUCUUCAACUGCCUGCAAGUUGAAUAUGCCAAGACGGGCAAGAAAGCUGUGAAAUUCGAUCAGCGGUUUGCGGCACUGGGGUUGGUGUGUGACCUUUCAGGUUUUGACGAGGGUUCCUUUACCAUAGGCCACACUGAUGAGCGCAAGGCAGAGCUUGUUGAUUCCAUACGUGCAAUCCUUGCUGAGGGUGUUUUGUCCCCCAAGGCGGCUGAGGUCUUGAGGGGCAGACUGCGCUGGUUCAACUCGUACCUGUUUGGGCGCGCCCCCUGCAAUGCCAUGCAUAACCUUUCCAAGCGAGCACAAGGCCACGACCAAGGCAACCUGCUGUGCGAUGACUUGCAACGUUCAUUGUUGACUCUCCUUAAGCACUUGGAAACUGCGCCUCCGUUGACCAUUCGUUUGACCUCUGGCCGCAACUUGUACGUAUUCACUGACGGUUCGUAUGAGCCGGAUGCUGACAUACGUGCAGGGGUCGGUGGGCUCAUCGUAGAUGGGGCAGGUGUGCCUUUACGUUUCUUCAGUGAUCAUUUGAGCGAUCAGGACUUGAAUAUUCUUUUGCAGGAGUCCUCCCAUCCUAUUUAUGCCGUCGAGCUUUUUGCUGUUAUGAUUGCAAUGUCAGCAUGGGAAGACCUUCUCUUCGAUACCUUUACCGUGGUAUUCGUCGAUAACACUGCCGCUCAGGCUGCCCUCGUAGCAGGCAAGUCGAGCACGGCGUGCGGCAGAAGAAUACUCCAACAUGUGCUUAACACUGAGCAACAAACGGCAAACCGGCCGUGGUUUGGAUGGGUCCCCUCGUACUCAAAUCCUUCUGACCCCCCAAGCAGGGGGGUGUACGAGCACCUGGAACGCCAGGGGGCUGCCAGAACGGAUGUCAGUGCCUUCCAUAAUUUCUUGGCUGCGCAGAAGCCAGUGGGGUGA